AUGUCCGUAGAGCGAAAGAGGCAAGAGCAGCUGGCCAUGAAUGAGGGGCCCAGAACCGCGUGUGCGCAGGCACAAAUGUUCCCAAACUCUCGACUGUGGUCGCUCAACGUCUGGGCGCGUCUCUCCAGAAUUGUCGAAUUGUCGAAUACCGGGGACGGCUCAGAUUUUGACACAGAUAGCGAUGGCUCCGAAGGGGAGGGCAGUGGCAGUUCUUCGAGCAUCAGCCAUUCACCCAUCCCCCAGAACAAAGCUGCUAAAGGGUGCGGUUACGGAAGCCGUAUCCACUGUAGAUCCCAAGAAGCCCUCGUCGUACGCGCGGAAAGGAUCCGAAGUUUGGUAUGGGAAGUCUCAGUCCUGACCAUGAUUUGGAUCAUGAUUCCAUGUUUCGGUAUCUUCAUCCUCACCCUCGUCCGUAUCCUCAUCCUCGUCCUCAUCCGUAUCCCCAUCCUCGUCCCGGGCCCGCCGGGCCCGGAGGAUUGUCUCGCUCGCCAUUACAGCCACAGCGUCUAG